UAAAGCUUUAUUCACAACCUCUAAAUUAGCCGUAUAAUUAGUACAUAAAUUAGUACUGAAAAUUUCAACAUAAAUUAGUAUUUUAACAGCGUUCACAAUGCCCAAAUUAGUAUGCAAAUUAGUGCAAAUUAGUGUGAAUCCAUCUAGUGUCAAUGUUUGGAACUGAAGUAUUUCGGUCGAGUAGAUUACUGUUAUUGCAGCCAUCUAGUGUUAUUGCUGUAAAUGAAAACUUACAUAACCUAUCUUUCUGUGAAAGUGUAUUGUUUUCAUCAUUCUGCACGUGUAAAGUUUAUUUUUAACCUCUGAUAAUGUCUGAAAAAGAAAACACUUGUGUUCCGGAAGAAUUUAUUGCAAAAGUAAUGGAAUAUCCGUUUCUUUAUGAUAAAAGACAAUCGAUGUUUAAGGAUGCAAAGAAAAAAGAAAGGAUUUGGAAUGAAAUUGGCGAAAAUUUUAACCAUACAGGGGAAGAAGCAAAACAGUAUUUUAAAUCUCUGAGAGAAAAGUUUGGAAGGAUAAAAAAACAAAAAGAAAAAGCUACAAGAAGUGGUGCAGGAGCAUUAAAACAAAAAGACUGGGAGCUGUACCAAUUAAUGCAGUUUUUAGAAGAGGUGAUUCGCCCUAGAAAAACUUCUUGUAGUUUUGAAUCAAAAAGAAAAGAAAUUUUAAUUGAGAUAGACCCGCAAAUCUCAAAUGAAGAAAUGUUGUCAUCAGGUAUUUUUUCCCCGUUAAGUGAGAUAACAAACAUGGAAGCAACAGAUUCUCAGCCAUAUGAUGACAACAUAGAGGUGGAACAAGAAGCAGGCCCAUCGAAUAGACCUGACAAGCCAUAUUCUGCUGAAAUCACUCCCAUUUUUGGCGCCAAAAGAAAAAGAAAAACUGAUGCUGACAUGAAUGUGGCAGAAGCUUUGCAAUCAAUUUCGAAAAGUCUUAGUGCCCCAGUAAAUGUCACCAAACAUGCCAAAUUUGCUGCAUAUCUUGAUGAAGAAUUGUCAAAGUUACCAAACAACCUAGCGGAUGAAUUAAAAGAUGAAGUUAUGCAAAGGAAAGCUGUUGGUUUCAAUUUGGUCAUUAAGAACUAA